GUUUGUACUUCGCCGGGAAACGUGAAAUGGCAUCUGAAACGGAGAACCUGAGCUGUGCUGGUUUGUAUUUCGCUGGUAAACGUGAAAUGGCACCUGAAAUGAAGAUCUUGUGCUGUGCUGGGUUGUACUUCGCUGGGAAAUGUGGAAUGACACCUGGAACGAAGAUCUUGGGCUGUGCUGAUUUGUACUUCACGCUGGAAAUGAUCAGAAAACUGGAACCGUUUGUCUUCGCUGAGAAACAAAAUAGCACUAGGAAUGGAGAUCAGGAAACUGGAACCGGUGGUCUUGCUAUUAGAUAA